AAAAUGUGUUAAUGAGUGUCAAACAGAACAUGUGCAAAUUCUUGCCUCAUGGGGAAAAACUUCUUCAGGUUUAUUAGUGUCUGUAUCGUAUUACGCUGCCCCCGGUGGCCAUGGGGUGCAACGUGUCGCUACCCCUCCCUCAUGCUAAUGACGACUUGUGCAUGUCAGUGUCUGUGAUGACCUAACCUGGCAGUCAAGCGGGGCUCUCUACCGAGAUGGCCUUCUUCAAGAGCUUCCAGCAGAACCUCCCGACCGUCAACAUUUCCUCCAUCUUGGACUCGGUCAGCAGCAAAGUGGACGACCUGGCCAACGCCGUCAGCGACGUGACGUACGCCGUCAGCGAUCAGCUGACCGAGCAGGUCAACACCAUCAUCAACAAGGUCCAGGAGGAGGAGGAUGUGGAGCAGGAGUCCACCACACAAGAUGGGAAAUCUGGGAAUAGAAGCACGUGGAUGGAAACGACAAGCUUAAAAAACAACCAAAGUAACGAGGGGGUCGAGUCGGAAUACGCGCAAAGCCAGCUGGAGUGGGAAUGGAGGGACGGAUGCUGGAGGGUGAAAAAGACGGAAGCCGAGAUAGCCGAGGAAGAGAGGAGGAAGAAGGAGGAGAAGGAGUUGCAGGAGAUGAGGGAGCAGAGGAGGAAAGAGAAGAGGGAGAGGCGCUUGGAGAAGGCCGGCGCGAUUACAAAAAACGAGGAGCUUUCCCAAGAACCACGGGAAGAGGACACAGAAGCCGAGGAAUUCAAGAAAACCGAAGAAGUGAGUCAAGGCGAAGAUGCAAUACAACCCAGUGGACCUGAAGAAUGUGAUGAACCAUCAGGCCCUGAAAGUGAGAGAAGAGUCUCUGACCAGGAGGAGGAAAAGAACAAGCGAGAUGAGGAGGACAAGUGCAGCUUUGAGAGAGAAGGCGACGAUGAGGAGAUGCCGGAUGCCUCGAAGGCGAAAGUGAAAAAGAAAAAAAUGGAUAAAAAAAAGGAGAAAGCGGCUAAGAAAGCAGAGAAGGAGGCAAAGAAGAAGGAGAAAGGCAAGAAGCGUAAGAAGAAAGAGGAAAGCAAACAAGAGGCAGUUUUGACAGACAGUGAGGAGGACAGAAAACCAGAGCCUGCGGUCCGGGCCGACGUGACCACAUUGUGCAGCGGCACAAACGAGGAAGUGACAGAACAGGAAGGCUACAGCAGUGAGGCCUCCAGUGAACAUGCCAGCAUCAUCCAGAAGAUAAAGAAAGCGCCUUCGCUCACAGAGGGCCAGCCGCCUCCUUACCAGGACCGGGUCCCGGUGACCCGCGUGUCCUCCUCCCGUGGCCGCAGGGGGUCGUCUCUUCAGCGUUGGUCCAGUGAGGCCAGCGUGGAGCAGGACACGGAGAGCUACCUCAACAAAGGCUGCGAGGAGGACAUACCCAGUGACAGCACGGCUGUGGUGGGGCCUGAGGACAGCUCUGGUCCGCUGCUUCCAUCAGCUUACGAGCCGGAACCCCUCGCUAAAUACGGCACGCUGGAUGUGGCCUUUGAGUACGACUCCAACGAGCAGUGGCUGGCCGUCACGGUCACGGCGGCGACCGACAUCCCCGCUCUCAAACAGACGGGCAACAUCUCGUGGCAGGUCCACCUCGUCCUGCUACCCACCAAAAAGCAGCGGGCCAAGACGGGCGUCCAGAAAGGCCCGUGUCCCGUCUUCACUGAGACCUUCAAAUUCUCCAGAGUGGAGCAGGAGGCGCUGAGCGACUGCGCCGUGCGAUUUCGCCUGUACAGCGUCAGAAGGAUGAAAAAAGAGAAGGUCCUGGGCGAGAAGGUGUUCUAUCUCACUAAACUCAACCUGCAAGGGAAAAUGGCUCUCCCUGUCACCCUGGAACCUGGAUCAGAACUUACCGGUUGCGGCUCGAUUGUGAGCGUGUCCCGCAGCGGCGGGGCCGUGUCCUAUCGCUCAGGUGAGGACACGUCCUCGCCUGAGAUCCUCCUGGGCCUCGUGUAUAACUCGGUGACGGGGCAUCUCUCCGCUGAGGUGAUCCAGGGGAGCCACUUUAAAAGCACGCCAUCUGAUAAACCCGUCAAUGGUCUAUUUUGUUGUAUAAAGCAUUUCGUUGGGGGACAGCUUUAUAUCAUGAGAGACACUUAUGUGACGUUGACCAUGCUGGACUCCAAGGGGAAGGAGAUGUCCAAAUUCAAGACGGCCGUGUGCCGCGGGCAGCCCAGCCCCGCCUACAAAGAAACCUUCGUCUUCCAUGUGGCGCUCUUCCAGCUGUCCGAUGUUUCACUGGUGCUGUCCGUGUUCUGCCGCCGUAGCACCUUGAGGCCCCGGGAACGGCUCGGCUGGGUCUCCUUGGGCCACAGCAGUACCGGCGAGGAGCAGCUGGCCCACUGGACCGAGAUGAAGGACGCCGAGGGCCAGCAGGUGUGUCACUGGCACACGCUCACUGACACUUACUAAAGAUUCAUUGCAUGCAACCGUUUACAAUGUGAAGAGCCUUUUCCACGCCACGUAAAAAGAUAUUUUCUCUCUGUACCUUUUUGGACCAAAGUGCUUGAGGCGGACCGGGCUCCUCCUUUUGCUGCCACCAGCAUAGCAGACACUUCACGGGUCACAAGCAAAAACACAUUGACUGUUAAAAUAAUUUAACAAAAGGGCCUAUUAUAUAUAUGCUGCAACUAUGUUCACAAGCUGUGCUUUUUCUACAGUUUUUUACAUGCAUUAUGCAAGAUCAUCUUUUUUUUUUUUUAAAUUCAGUCAGGUUUAAAAGAUUGAAAGAACUCGCAGUCUUCCUUAAGAAUCGGGCACAGCUGCUCGGUGAGGGUUAUCCAAGUGCAGCUUGUCUUCUCGAGUCAAUGCAGACUGAGCCUCAUUUUCUGACAAGUGGGUUGAGUCCAUUCAUGCACAAACACGGCACUUUUUGCACGGUGACAUAUGCAUAGCGUCGUGUCGACGGCUUCGUGAACGGAAUAUCAUGAAGAGAAAAAAUAUAUAUAUUACUGCCGCACUGAGAAGCCAAGAGAGGAGCUAAGUCCACAAGUGAAAGAAAAAAAAACAUACCUGCUGAAUAGAAUCUUCACAUCUUGUGGUCUGGACACUUUUUUUUUUUCAGGUUAGGGAGGUCUUCCUGCAUGAAAUAGCUCACAAACAUUCAGCAGAAAUGAUUUCACAAUGACUUUUUUUGUCUCAAUCAAAACAGGAGUCAAGAAGAUGAUGUUAAUGUUCUUUUUUUUAAUUUCCAUUUACCUGUCUCCUGCUGGUUCAGAAUAAUGAGCCGCAUUCCGUGCACUUCCUCGAUGCACGUUGCAGAAUGCAUUCCGUAGAAAUGUUCCUUGCUCGGAGCCAUGGAAAACCAGCGGUGCCACAAACCCAACUCCGAGGGCAGGUUAAAAACUACCAGCCGAACCGUUUAGUGCCUCAAAUGGGGUUGUGAAAUUAGGUCUUCAAUUUAAAAAACGUAGGAAUACCGGUUUGAAAACUGCCUUCUGAAUUUGGACUCCU